AUGACGGCGACGAGGAUGACGGUGGUGACAGCAUCCGAGUAUCAACCUUUCCAAGAACCGGUCGUCAAGACAGCGUACCUCGACACAUCAAUCGUGGGGCCACGGGCCCCUAUCAUCAAAUGGUUCCAGGCAGUCUCCAAUUGUCUUGUUCUCGUGAUUGUGCCUUGGUGCGUGGUUUAUGGUCACUCCUUUUUCAAGGGGAGAGAUACCUCUGUCAAGAAUGAGGUGCACGCAACUUUCAUUCAACUUGGACCAUUCUACUCGGAUCUCUGGAUUAUAGCCUUCCGGCGAUUACAGACGCCGCUCAGUCCAAUCGGUCCCAAAGACAAGGCCGAGACCCAUCAACAAGAUCGACAAGAUGAAUAA